AUGAUUUUCUACGGCAUCUUCUUCAGUAUAUACAUAUCAAGAUAUGUGGCUAGCCUAGAUCCAGAGGUCGUGGUACUUCGUGCUGUGCGAGGAAGAGACGCUCGACUUCCGUGUGGCCAAGGAAAAGUAUUCUUAGAUGGGCCAGACUCAUACGUUCUUUGGUUGAAAAACGAUAGAGAUUUCCUUUACCGGUUUCCCAACGAGGAAGUUGAGAGGAGAGCCGUGAACCGCGAUCGAAUAUUUGGUACGUCAUGCGACGCAGGGGCAUGUUACGAUGACACCUCUCUCCUUCUGAAGCGUGUAUCUGAGCAGGAUAGCGGCAUUUAUCGAUGUAGAGUCCAUUAUCAAGCCUCCCCCUCGCUUGACUACGUCAUUGACGUGAGGCUGGUGGAUUCCCCAGGCAUACCACGGAUUUUAAACGACGCGGGAAAGGAGAUUAAACGGGGUUAUGUUGGUCCUUUGAGUCUUGGAGCAGACCUCACUUUGAUCUGUGAGGUAGACGACGAUCAACCCGAUACGUUGGUGUACUGGCGUCGAAAUGGCAUAGUAAUCGAGCGUGCGCACACUAUACGCGCGGGCGUACUUCGCGCAGACGUGCGCGUACACAACGCGACCCGCGACGAACUUGACGCACACUACGAGUGCCUCGCUCAAAACGCUGAUGUCACCGAGCCGUUAAGCGCUAGUGUCGUCGUCAAAAUGUACCUGCCUCCCCUAAACGUAGAGAUCCGAUUAAACAAUAAUGUUGACUUUGAAGCUGGUCAACCACGUGUAGUCGACUGCGUGGUGGUGGGAUGCGUACCUCCGCCUGCCAUCACUUGGCAUUUAGGAGAUACCUUACUUAGGCCUAGUGUGCAUAAGGAGCUACACGAUGGAAACUACACGGUUUCAUCUCUCACUCUGGCGCCAUCUCUUCGCGACAGUAAGCACGACCUAGUAUGCCGUGCCCACAAUUCGCAUUUACCGACCUCAGUCUUCGAAGAUAAGGUCACCUUGAAUGUUGGAUAUCGGCCGAUCUGCCUUACAACUCGAGAAGAGACAGUUGGAGCAAUUGUUCAGGAGGCAGAAACAGUUACAUGUACAGUAGAAGCCUCGCCAGAUCCUUUGCAAUUUAGCUGGACCUUUGCUGACUCGAGGACAUUGUAUACUAGUGUCAAGAAAGUAGCCGGUCACCACAAUCGCUUCACAUCAACACUCACAUGGCUCCCUCGCGACAGUGACUUGGGUUUACUUCUUUGUCGAGCUACCAACCCUUUUGGGGAACAAAAGCGCCCGUGCUCCUACACCAUAGCACCGGGAAGUCCACCGCACGCCCCAGAGUGCGUUGUGUUACGCUCCUACCCCCAUUCGAUUCGAGUUCAGUGUCAGAAAGGUUGGGAUGGUGGAAGACAACAGACAAUCCACCUAGAAUUAUUGAACCCCGACGGCACACUUGUCCAUAAUAUAUCCAACGUUGCUGGUCAUUUCCACUUGCCCGAUAUCGAAGACGACAGAAACUUGACAGCCACAGUUUACGCGAGCAGUUCCAGAGGGAGGAGUGAGACGAAGAAUUUACAUUUACAGACGAUAACGCCAUUGAGUGCUUCAGUUACAGAAGCCGUGCCAGUUCGAUCGUGGACCCGUUGGCUGGAGGCGUCGGCUGGCUUGGUGGCCCUCGCCGCUGCCAUCGUGGCAGCUGCCGUCUGUAUCAAGCUGAUCAAAGCAAAACGAGAUAACCUGGAGCUCAACCCUGACUUAGUCCCACGGUCUGAUGGUUCGUUCCAUCGAGAGCCUGAUUUUGCCAGAGAGGAACGUGUUUUGGGAACCACUAACAUAACUGUUAACCAGCUCGCUUCAUGUCAAAAUCAAUAUUCGGCGUCACCUGUACCGUCGUGCCGUGUUCUAGUUGGUUGCGGUACUCACGCGGCCCCUCAAGACUCGUGUCCCACGAGUCAACACUCCUACUAUGUUUAA